CAAAUUUCAUUCUUUUUCACCAUUGUUCUUCAUCUAGCUAGCUUUCAAUUUUUUUAGAAGAUGCCUAACCCAAGACAAGAGUGUUGGAAGGACGCCGAAGAUAUAGCCUUGUGCAUAGCUGUAGUUACCGUUGGUGAAGACGGCUCUAAUGGUACUAGUCAAGAGAAAAAAAAAUUGUGGGAGCGUAUACAUGAAGUAUACGAGACUUGCAAGCCUGCCGGAGGCGUGGUUAGAUUGGGAGGAGGGUGUGACGGUCGUUGGAAAAAGAUUAGACCGGCAUGCGCUCGAUGGCGUCAAGCUCUUAACAAAGCGGCACUUCUUCGAGGAAGUGGUGAUAAUGCCACCGACGAGAUAUUACAAGCUAAGUCAAUCUAUCGUACCUUAGCUAAAGGAGAGGAGUUUGCGUUUGAGCAUUGUUGGCCAAUAUUAAAGGAUACAAAAAAGUUUAGCAAUCCUCCGGGCAUGAAUGUCGGUAGCUCAAGUUUUCCUACCUCUAUCAACUUAGAGGAUGACGGCACUCCCGCGAGUGAGUCCCCAAGCUCUUCAAAUGUGCAUGCACGCCCCCCAGGUCAAAAAGCUCAAAAGGCUGCUAAGAAAAAAUCCAGGCAAGACGAAACAGGUGAACUCUUAUUGCAAAUGCAAAGGAUUGCAGACCAAGGAGAGCGCGAUCUCGAAUACAGGCUGCGACUCAGGGAGGAGACUAAAUUAGCUGAGCAGCACGCGGAUGAUGCUCGCACAAUGAAAGUGGAUCCGUCAAUUUUCACACCCAAAAAAAGGAGUUAUUGGGAGAGGAAGCAAGCACAGAUUAUUGAGAGGGAGGAACAAAGCUCUAGUGCUAGUGCAUUUCGUCAACCCUCCUUUUCUGCAGAAGAAAAUACACCACAUAGUGAAAAUGACUCUAACUUGGACCUCUACGUGCCAGUUCAAGAGACUCAAUGGAUGGGGAGAAAUUAG